AUGGACAGCAACAGUUUCAUCCAGUUUGAAGUGCCGGAGUACAGCAGCACCGUCCUCAGCCAGCUAAAUGAGUUGCGUAUGCAAGGAAAGCUAUGUGACAUCAUUGUUCACAUCCAGGGCCAGCCGUUCCGCGCACAUAAGGCAGUCCUCGCUGCCAGCUCCCCUUACUUUCGUGAUCAUUCAGCACUGAGCACCAUGAGUGGCUUAUCAAUAUCAGUUAUCAAGAACCCUAAUGUCUUUGAACAGUUACUGUCAUUCUGCUACACUGGAAGAAUGUCUGUACAGCUGAAGGAUGUUGUGAGCUUCCUAACUGCAGCUAGCUUCCUUCAAAUGCAGUGCGUCAUCGACAAGUGCACUCAGAUCCUGGAGAGCAUCCACUCAAAGAUUAGUGUAGUGGGUGUGGGUGGGGAAGACAGCCAGAGUAACCACAAUGGAGUCAAAGAUGAUAGCUUCUUUGCUAAUCCAGUGGAGAUCUCUCCAUCAUACGGUGGGCAAGGGCGACCAUCGAUUGUAGGCAAUGAUUUAAAAAUAGAUGGGGUAGCCAGCAAAAGUUUAAGAAACCGUCCCCAAGAAGAGGGUCAGUCAGACAGAGGCAGCAGUGGUAGCAUUUCAGAGCAUGAAAUUCAGAUAGAAGGCGAUCAGGAUCAUGCUGACACCGUGCGGGAGAACCAAGUCUCGGAAGUUAAAGUCAAAACUGAAAAGUCUGACCGGCCAAGCUGCUCAGAUAGCUCUUCUUUGGGGGAUGAUGGCUACCAUACAGAACUGGUUGAUGGUGAGCAAGUGACUAUGCUGAAUGUAGGUUCCUACGGGUCUGUAUUACAACACGCAUACUCUUAUUCUCAAGCUGCUUCCCACACAACCAAUUUGUCUGAGCCCUAUAAGAGCAUCAGCAACUCAAGCCCUUCCAGGUCCAUGCUAAGUUGUUAUCGGGGUGGCCGGGCACGCCCAAAGCGGGCAUCUAAUAUAACCAGUGAGGUUCAUAAUGUGAUCCAAAGCCCUGAAAGUGAAACUGUCAUAAGUGCACCAGCUUAUGAGAGCAGUCCCCAGGAAAAGGCCUCCAGAGGCUAUUGGCAUCCCUACAGCGAAAGACUCAUCUGUAUAUACUGUGGCAAGACAUUCAACCAGAAAGGUAGUCUUGACCGACACAUGCGGCUCCACAUGGGAAUCACGCCAUUUGUGUGCAGAUUUUGUGGGAAGAAAUACACUCGCAAAGACCAGCUGGAAUACCACAUACGGGGGCACACUGACGACAAGCCUUUCCGGUGUGAGGUGUGUGGCAAGUGCUUCCCAUUUCAGGGCACACUGAAUCAACAUUUACGGAAAAAUCAUCCCGGUGUUGCUGAGGUGAGGAGUCGGAUUGAAUCACCAGAAAGAACGGAGGGAUUUGUAGACCAAAAUGAUACCAAUGUUUCAGAUGUGACCAUGGACUCCAAUAUUGAAAUUCACACAGUCACUACUACACCUGACUAA